AUGAUUGGAAAAAUUGUGGCGUGGAAUGUUUGUGGAAUUAACGAUAAUGCAAAACGCAAAAUGAUAAAAUCUUUGGUUGGCACUUUGAACUGUGGUAUUUAUUAUUUCAGUGAGACUAAGAUGCAACAUAUGAAUCAAUGGAUUAUUCGUGACCUAUGUAAUUGGAGAUUUUGUGGUUGGGAGGCUCUUAAUUCUAUUGGGACAUCAUGUGGGAUUUUGGUAACUUGGAAUGAAGAUUUAUUUGAGAAAGUUGACAUUAAUAUAGGUCAAUUUUUCGUUAGUAUUCAGUUUCGUAACCGUGGGGAUAAUUUUCGUUGGGUGUUUUCUGCGGUGUAUGGACCUGUGCUUUCUAACCUUAAGUCUGAUUUUUUCAAUGAGCUUGUGGAGGUGACAAAUAUGUGGGAUCUACCUAUUAUUUUUGCGGGGGAUAUGAAUGAAGUUAGGGUUUCUACCGAGAAAAAAGGGGCACGAAGACUCACAAGGAAUAUGCAUGAGUUUUCUGAGACAAUUGAAAAUUUGGAGCUCGUUGAUUUGCCUUUGAAGGAGGGCAAUUCACAUUUAGAAGAGAAAGUCUUACCGUGGACUUGUUCUUAUCAUCGUCCUAUCCUCAUUGAGUGGAGGGAGGUGGUUCCAACUAGUCGACCUUUUAAAUUCAAGAACAAAUGGUUGACUAGAGAUAAUUUUAUCUCGAAGGUGGAAGGUUGGUGGGCGAUGGAGGUCGUGUUUGGUUCCCCAUCAUCUAGACUAUUUAUUAAGCUUAAAAAUUUACGGAAGAUGUUAAAGAGUUGGUUUGUGGGGGAUCGUGCAUUGUUUCGCUCUAAGGUUGAGGUUUUAAGUCGUGAAAUAUUAUUAAUUGAUGGUGCAGAGGAAGUUCGUGAUCUCUCUAGUACGGAAAUUUCUACACGAAUUCUUCUAGUGAGCGAGUUGCUUGAACUAUGUAAAGAGGAGGAAAUUGGGGCGAGACAACGCAAUAGAGCGAUUUGGUUACGGGAAGGUGAUAAAACACUAAGUAUUUCUAUGGAAUCUCUAAAGCACAAGCGAGAAAUAACGCUGUUAACUCGAUAUCCAUGGCUGGUGUCGUGCAUGAGAACGAACCAAGAACCAUUUCGGGUUAGACUAAAGCUGAAUAACAUCAGUUUUACACCUAUAAAUGCAAGUGAGAAAUGCAUUUUGGAAGCUCUUUUCUCUAUCGAGGAGGUGGAGACAACAAUAAUGGACUGUGGUAGUGAUAAGUCCCCCGGGAGUGACAGUUUUACCAUAGCAACCGGUACUAUCGAUGUGAAGAAUUUCCGACCCAUUAGUUUGGUUACAUCAUUUUAUAAGAUUAUCUCGAAAUGUUUAUCAAACAGAAUGCGUGGAAUUUUAGGUACGGUUAUCUCUGGCAAUCAGAUGGCUUUCAUCAAAGACCAUCAAACUUUCGACGCGGCACUAAUUGCAAAUGAUUGUAUUGAUUUGGUUAACUCUAAAGGUGAUAAAUGUGCUUUUGUUAAACUCGAUAUCGAGAAAGCGUAUGAUCAUGUUAAUUGGGAGUUCUUUUUUGAUAUUAUGGGUAGAAUGAGUAUGGGGAAGAAAUGGAUUAGAUGGAUUAGAUUUUGCUUAUCGACAACAAAAUUCUUUGUUAUCGUGAAUGAGAGUUCUCAUGGUUUUUUUGAGAGUUCAAUGGGUUUAAGACAAGGGGAACCUCUGUCCCCUUUCUUAUUUAUUAUUGUCAUGGAAGGCCUUUCUAGAAUGUUGUCGUUUGCUGAGGACGCGGAUCACACUCUUUGCAUGAUUCAGGCUACUGAGAGAAAUGUCAAGCACCUUCGUGAUAUUCUUUGGAUAAAUCUGGUUGGUUCACCAAAAAUUCUUAUAGACCCGUGGGUUGCAACAUUUGGGGUGAUAUUUAUACCAUGUGGAAGAGAUUCAUCGAUUAAAGAUAUGUUUGACAUUCAGACUAGUGGUUUUUCUAAUCGUAUCAGAUAUAGAAGAAGAUUGAACAGUGAUGAAAGCAUGAUCAAUGAUAGACUUUUGUUAAUGGUUAGAAAUAAAGGGUUAAACCCGUCUUCUCGAGAUUCGAUACGGUGA